AUGGAUACCCUCGGAUUAAGCAGAGCUGAAUGCUACCAGGCGCGUCCCCGGGUUGUGGAUAAGGGGAUACCUUCACAAAGAUCUGAUUAUAGAAACAGCCCAUACUUAUGCAAGGAUAGUGCCAUCGAUUUACUCACACGUGGCAGUUUAUCUGAUCUAGAGUAUGCAGACGACAUUGUGCUGCUAAGUGAAGAUCCAUCGAUUUUCGGUAUUGCGGUCGGUCUAUUUGGUGUGUAUACGUACGAUCGGACGGCGGUUCUGGAGAAAGGAUUUUUCCAAGGUUACAAUGCGCUCACUUGGCUUGUGGUCGCCUUACAGACGUGCAGCGGUCUUGGUGUUGCGUUCGUUAUUAAAUACGCGGACAAUAUUCUCAAGGGAUUUGCAGCCGGCCUCUCAAUUAUUCUAUCCAGCUUCGUUUCUUAUUUCAUUCUGAAGGACUUCACCCCAUCCAUAGCUACAUUUGUUGGAGCCGCUAUGGUCAUCUGUGCAACUAUUCUUUACGGUCACGUACCUAAAAAGGAGCCGGAAACAAAAACACCAGUCUAA